AGAUGUGUUUUUUUGCUCUCUGGGUGUUUUUGGGAAUCCUUCUCUGUGCACCAUUCCAGUGCUUAGAGUGUCCUUUUGGCUGUGAGUGCUUUGCUGUCACUCACACAGUAAGAUGUGUUUCCAAGGAGAUUAUCACAGUGCCACAAAGUAUUCCAGGAUAUGCCAAGGCGGUCAUCAUCACAGGAAACAAUAUACACCAGAUUGGACCGGAUUCCUUUACAAAAAUGGAGAAUGUCACCAAGAUCAUUUUAAGUAAUAAUAGGAUUACAGAUAUGGCGUCCCACAGCUUCUCUCCCCUCAUCCACCUGCGCCACCUGGACCUCAGUGAGAACCAACUGGCCCUCAUUCACCCCGAAGCUCUCAGAAUACCCGGCAGUCCCCUGCAGGAGCUGAACUUAAGCAACUCGCUGCACAACCUCCCCACCCUGACGGACCUCACCACGGCUCUGCGCUGGGGGGGUCUCAGGGGGCUCCUCCGACUCGACCUUUCAAGGAACCACCUGGCCCGGCUGCCCCUUGGGUUUUUCUCCCACCUCCCCGACCUGCGGCAGCUCUUCCUCGCCAACAACUCCCUGGAAGCUGUCCACAGUGGAACCUUCUCUGGUAUGAACCGUCUGGAGCUGCUGGACCUUACCCACAACGCCUUCGUCACGUUCGGGGCUGACGCUCUACUAGGGCUGGAGAAGCUUGGGAGCAUCAGAAUCCUUCUUGGGUGCAACCCCUACAACUGCUCCUGCGACAUCGUUCAUUUUGCGGCCUGGAUGAACGGAUCGGGAGCUCGGGUGGAUUUGGAUGCCGUGAAGUGCGCCUCACCAAGAGGGCUAAGUGGCACCCGGCUGCGAGGGCUCAGCGUCCACGCCAUUGGAUGUGUUGAUCCAGUCCAAACAGAGGUGGCUGACCUACCCUUGCAGACGUCUUAUGUUUUCCUUGGGCUGGUGCUGGGUCUUGUUGGUAUGGUCUUUCUCUUUGUGCUCUAUCUGAAUCGCAAAGGUAUGAAGAAGUGGAUCAUUGAAAUGAGAGACGCAUGUCGGGAUGUUCUGGAGGGUUAUCAUUACCGAUACGAGAUGGACUCGGACCCUCGGCGGGGCCACAUCCCUACAGACAACGGUGGUCCACAACGGCUGACAAGUGACGCUUGUAUUGUAAAGCCUCCUGCAGACACACGGGUCAAAGAGCUGGCAACCUCUCCACCUGUGAACCAAUGAUCUUUUCAUAAAGGUAGAAACAUUUGAGGAAGACGUAGAUGUGAACGGUUACUUAGCUAGUAGAUUUAACAUUUUUCUUGCAUCCUGUACAUACUGCGGUUAUUACUGAUUACUGAUACAUACAUUACUGAUACAUCCUACCAUACCUGUGUUUUCCAGGCACUUUUAUCUGUAAAUUGACAUCAAUAGUGUAUGUUUCCGACAUUUACUUGAAAUGUAAUAAAUAGGCUCCACAAACAUAUUGGACAAUCUAUAAAGACCUAUACGUUUUUGUCAUUUGUGGUCUCUUAGCUUUUUGGUAUUAUAACUUAAAAAAUCCCAAUAUCCUGCGACUGCCAGAAACAUAAAAUACAUAAACGGUAGCUUAAUGACAUGCCAAAUGUAUGUAGACCUCAGAAACUUUAACCUAUAGAACCCCAGUCAGUUUUAUUUAAUACGAUUAACCAUUAUUGUGCCAGAAUGUGAACAGUAGCAUAGCACUUUUUAAAUGAAUAGACAUUCAAUCAACUGUAUGAUAUGCAACUUGUAUUUACAUUAAUUAUAAUGAAAAUAAACGUUGAUGCAUUCAGUUUUA